GUUGUUGUUGUGAUCCCGAGAAGGUCCUUUGGUCGCGCUCAACACAGACUCGCUUCGGCCUCUCCCUUUUGAGCCUUUUUCGAGCCUUUUCUCCAGCCUUUCGCGAUGUCCAACGAGGAGAAGGAAGUGACCAGUAGUGAUGACAAAUCAAGCUGCCCAGAAUCAGAAGCUAGCAAAACACCAGCAGACAGUUCUUCAGAGUGUAGUAACGUCAAUAACAAAGUAACUACAGAGGACCAGCCACAGAGUUCCGAAGCUGCGCCACCACCAGACUCACAUGAAGACAAGUCAGAUACUCAGAGUGAAGCACUACCGAGUGGGGAAGCUGUUAGUUUUAAACUUGUGUACAACAAGACUAAGUAUGAUGUAGAAUUCCCUCUAGAUGGCACUAUCAAACAGCUUAAGGAACAUCUAAGUUCAAUAAUCAAUGUAUUACCAGCAAUGCAGAAAGUAAUGAUUAAAGGUCUAGCAAAGGAUGAGAAGACCUUACGAGAGCUUGGCGUGACCCGAGGCUCCAAGGUUAUGAUUGUGGGGUCCAAGUUAGAUGAUGUUGUCAAUGUCAAUACUCCAAAAGCUGAGAGUACUUCUUCUGAGAAGCCAAGUACCUCGACCUCCACAAAAGAGCCUCUCAGCAGACAAAAGAUCCAUCGCAAAAUUCUGGACAAGGGGCUUCCAGAUGAUGUCAUGCCUGGCAUAAAGAACAACAAGGAAUUAUUGCCUUCAUAUCCACUUUCUGGGAUGCUGAACAAGCAUGGAGGAAAAGUACGACUAACAUUCAAAUUAGAACUGGACCAAUUAUGGAUUGGCACUAAGGAACGAACAGAGAAGAUCAACAUGAAUCACAUUCGUCAAAUUGUCUCCGAAGCUAUAGAGGGCCAUGAACAAUAUCACAUUAUGGGUUUACAAUUAGGACCUACCGAAGCCUCGCGAUACUGGAUCUACUGGGUUCCUGCGCAGUAUGUGGAUGCCAUCAAAGAUACCGUUCUUGGCAAGUGAACUCUUCACUGUUGUGAGACUGGGGCAGGAGGAACUGCCUCUGAAUCUCAAAAGGAAGAGGACAUUUUCCCCCAAGGAAGUCGAUGGGUAAGGACAGCGAAGGGCGGUCUUGGCCCUUGUGUGAAGAUCGAACACGAAAUUAUACUUUUAGUUUUUUUUUCAGUGCACAAGUUGCAGAUAGAGUAAUUUCUUAUGCUGUGCUUUUUGCUUGAUUUUUUGUAUUUCUGUGUGUUAGAGGGGGAAGAGGGUAAAUAAAAGUUUACCAAAUAUAUCUUUAUUAUUUAGUAAGUAUCAUGUUUUCCAGUAAAUUUUGUUACUACUUUGACAACCGGGUAAACCUGGUUGCCCUUUCUGAAAUACCCUGUAAUGUAUAAACAAGAAGAAACAUGCAGUUGUUUUGAGUUGCAAAGAAAAUUAACAUAUUUAUGAUUAAAUGGUUCAAAGUCAUCAUUACCCCCCCCCUUUCAAACCGUUUUAGGAAAGAUCACGAUUACCCAGGAGGAGUCAGAAUGUUGGAAUGCUGAUAUAGGGAAGACUUGCUCACUUUAUUAUUAAAAAAAAUAAACAGUAGUUGACCUAAAGGAAAGCUUUUACUGCUCCGUUUUUCUAUACGCAGGUUAAGUGUUGAUAAUUUGACGUAGCCUCCUGGUAGCCUCUGGCAGUUUAUGCAGUGAUGCCUUUAUUUUGUUUUAUUUUAUGUAACUAAUUGAUCACCAUUUUUUUGUUGAUGUCUUCAUUGUCAUUUGCUUAUUUAAGUUUUAUGUUACUUUUAUUAUUUAUUUAAUUUUUAUCAUUGUUAUUAUUAUUAUUAUUAUUGUUAUUGUUAUUACUACUACUACUACUAUUAUUAUUAUUAUUAUUAUUAUUAUUAUUAUUAUUAUUAUUAUUAUUAUUAUUAUUAUUAUUAUUAUUAUGUUGAUACAGCUUAUCUCAGCUUAUGCAAUUUUCGACAUUUUGCAUCACAACCACAAAAGACCUGCUUUUUCUUUCAUGCCAUGUAUAUUAUAUCUAACCAACAUAAUUAAUAAAUGGACACAUCGCAGAGAACAUCAAAUACAUACAGAGUUAAAAAUCAGAUAUUUAAACAUGCAUAAUCUCUCAGUUCCUUCACACCACAGUGGUUCUCUGUGCAUUUGUCUGAAAAUCGGAUAUUAUAUAUAUAUAUAUUACACUCCGAAACUAGCUCCACUUGGUCAUACGUAAUACACUAGUAGAUGUUUACCUGUUGUGUGCCUUAUCCAUCAGGUAACAAUAUUGCAUUUAUUCAUCACAGCAUUUCUGCAAGGGUAAUUUUUAGUCACUUAGGGAAUUUCCUAACAUAUCAGGAAGAAUUAUGAUGAGGCUGUGUCUUUUUGUAUUGCUUUACAUUUAAUGAAAAAAAAUAAAAUUGAAAAAAAAGA